CUGUUGGUUUGAGGAUGAGAGUGUAUGAUCGAAUAAUGUGCUUUGUUAACUGUCACUUCGCUGAACAUCUAGAAGCGGUUAAUAGUCGCAAUGCAGACUUUGAUCAUGUAUACUAGACAAUGUCCUUCAGUCGACCAACUAAUCUCUUCAAUGUCGCUUCCGGUACAAUACUGUACCUAUUCUUGUUUAGUUCGCUUGUCUUCUCAAUGUAUUUAUUUUGGCUUGUUUAUAGAUCUGGAUUGCCAUUGGUCCUUUCUGUUGCAGCUAGUGCUUCAUGUGCUGCUCAGGUGCUUCGAAAUACAACUACUGGUGUUGCCUACUCUGCUGAAGGGAUGCCUGAAUUAUCUGAGGCAGACAUGGUCAUAUAUCUUGGUGAUCUUAAUUAUCGAUUAGAUGGUAUAUCUUAUGAUGAAGCUAGAGAUUUUGUGUCACAAAGAUGUUUCGAAUGGCUUAGAGAAAAGGAUCAACUUAGAGCAGAAAUGGAAGCUGGAAAUGUCUUUCAAGGAAUGCGUGAGGCAGAUAUUAGGUUCCUCCCACAUACAAGUUUGAAAGACACCAAGUUGGUUUAGCAGGUAACUUUUUCUGUGCAAGUAGUAUUGUUCAGUUUAUGCCAAUUGAACUGUUCGAGAGAG